CUGAACAACAAAAUACGCGCACACAAGGAUUUGCUCGGAACUCGCGCGGAGUUUACAAACUGUACACAUAGUGGUGGCGGGAGAGGCUACAAAUAGUAGGAUAGAAAUAUCUGCAUUUUAUGUUUUACAUUGUAGUUAAAAUAAAACGAAAAGCAGAUAAAGUUAUUUUAAAACACCACAGGAGGAAAUAAGCAAUAUGGAAGAAUUUGGAGUUUAUGCUGUUUUCGGAGUUAAUGGUCCGCCGCAAAGACUGCUGAGUGCUGAGGGGUCGUGCAGGGUGUCUGUUGCUGUUCCCUCAAACAUCCACCAGGUGGUGCUGUUCAGUAGCGGACCGUGGGGCGAGAGGAUCUGCGUCAACGCGGAGCUCAAUGAUGCCCGCAUCCCCAUAACCAUUGGAAAACUUACUCCUUAUAAUAAGUGUCUGUCAUGGGAACAGUGGGAAGAGGAGACAUGGACAGACAGCGUCACACUGAAUGUUUCUCUGGAGGGAGGAAACAUGUCAAAAUCAGAGCCUGAGCUCAUCUUGGCUGUGAAGGAAUACACCCCAAAGGACACGGUGGCUCCACUCGCAGCUCGAGAGCACAACAGCAAGAGGAAGAGAAGACGAGCAGCAGAAGAAGACAAUGAUGACAAAAACGGGGGAAAGAUGGAAGAAGAAGAGAACACAUGUCCGAAUGGUAGUAAGGAAAACACCUCACCAGUGCGAAAAGUUCAAGGUCAAACUAAAAUCAGCCAGAAGCUGUUUGCUAGCAGAGCAGAUGUCUCCAAGACAAAGGCAGCAGCUAAUGGAGAGACGCAGGGGAUUGUGGGAAGAACGCCUCCUCAGAGCGCAGCCAGGAUGAAGAGUAGGCAGGCCAAGACUCCCACACAGACUGCUCCACUGGUCAGCCCCUCAGGACGCUGGGGUCAGACCUUAUGCCCCAUUGACACCCAGACGGCCAUCCUGAUUGGAGGACAGGGAGCCAGGAUGCAGUUCUGCAAGGAUCCCAUGUGGAAGCUCUGUACAGAGGACAUGUCUUGGGUGGCAGCGGAGACUCUUGCAGAGGGUCCGACCCCUGAGGCCAGGAUCGGCCACACAGCUAUCUACGACCCCGACUCAAAGCGGAUCUUUGUGUUUGGAGGAUCCAAAAACAAGAAGUGGUUCAACGAUGUCCACAUACUGGACACACAGAGCUGGAGGUGGAGCAUGGUGGAGGCUCAGGGUAAGGUCCCCCCCCUGGCCUACCACAGCUGCAGUAUGUUUCGGGGCGAACUGUUCGUGUUGGGAGGAGUUUUUCCUCGCCCCAACCCAGAGCCCGACGGCUGUAGCGACUCGCUUUACAUCUUUGAUCCUCAGCUCUCCAUCUGGUACCAGCCCAUCGUCACAGGAAACAAACCCUCCCCCCGCUCAGGUCACUCCGCCUGUGUGAUGCAGGAGAGGUAUAUCUAUGUGUUUGGUGGGUGGGACACUCCCGUCUGCUAUAAUGACAUGUACAUGUUGGACCUCGGUCUGAUGGAGUUUUCCACUGUCAAAACAACUGGGAAAUCUCCAUCUCCUCGAAGCUGGCAUGGCAGUGCUGCCAUCUCAGACACCAAGUUCCUGAUCCAUGGUGGUUACAACGGAAACAACGCCCUCAGUGACGCCUUCAUCUUUGAUAUAGACACCAGCAGCUGGACAGAGGUGAAGCUUCCCCAGCUCUCUGUCCCCCGGGCGGGGCACUCCGUCAUCAGCAUGGAAACAACUGGUUACUUCUCAGAGGAGGAAAAAGAUGGUGACUCCAUGAGAGGAACUCUGAUGAUAUUCGGAGGAGGAGACAAUGAGGGAAACUUCUACUCCGACCUGGUGACCGUUGCCGUGGAGGAACUGCUCGAUGCUCUUUAAAGAGCAAGUUAGAGGUGACAUUUCCUGACUGGAUUUAAACACCCGUUACACCUAUCUUUGGUAUUUAUAAGCUUGAAGUUUGGCUUUUUUCUGCUUUUUUGUCGAAUGUGCUCUAUCUUAUUUCAGUUCUGUAUUAUAACAUGUUUUACAGAGUGGUGUUUUCCUCCUUAGCUGACUGUAGCAUUCAGUUUUCUUUUAAAUGAUCAUCAGGGAUCUGCUGUUAAUGAAAGCAGUAAUGUUUAUUUAAAGCAUCAUAUUUACUUUAAAUUUUUAAUGUACAUACUUUUUUUCAUUCUGGUAAAUGGUUUCACUUUUUAAACAAGUCAUGUUUUUGAGACAGAUUACUUCUAAAAAGCUGCGAGUGCAUAAACCACGUUAUAUUCUGUUUAAUCACUUCUGUUGUGUUUAGCAUUUACCAAACUGUUGCAUGUUUCACUUUUCUUCUUGUUUAUACUUAAUAAAGUUUAUAUUCAGAGA